AUGCCAAGAUUAUUGAAGAAAACUGAACAUGUUGUUAUUCCAGAAGGAGUCACCAUUGAAAUCAAUAGAAAGAAUAUUAAAGUUACUGGACCAAGAGGAACUCUCACAAGAGAAUUCCAACAUCCAAAAGUAGAUAUUUAUGCUAGUAAACUUGUUGUAAAGAAGGAAGGACCAAAAGAAAAUGUAAUUGUUAUUGAUAUGUGGUAUGGAAAUAGAAGAGAUUCAGCUGUUGUUAGAACUAUUGCAUCACAUAUUAAAAAUAUGAUUACAGGAGUUACUAAAGGAUAUCAAUAUAAGAUGAGAGUUGUAUAUGCUCACUUCCCAGUUACCUUAGUUAUUGCUGAUGAUGGUAAAUCAAUUCAAGUCCAAAACUUCCUUGGAGAAAAGAGAACUAGACAUAUUGAGAUGUAUGAUGGAGUUGUUGUUAAGAAACUUGGUAAAGAUGAAAUUUGUCUUGAAGGAAAUGAUGUUGAAAAAGUUUCACAAUCAGCUGCUAAUAUCCAUGCUGCUAAUCUUGUCAGAAACAAAGAUAUUAGACAAUUCCUUGAUGGAGUUUACGUCUCUGAAAAAUGUCUUAUUGAAAAUGACGCUUAA